AUGCCUGAGCAAGAACAAUUGAGUCCCAAUGGCCGUAAGCGCUCCGAGGUUCACUAUAUCUCAAUCCCAUUGAACAGAGGUUCUGCAUUCUCACCAGAUGAUUCUGCAUCGCAGUUUCAAUCUGACGGGUUCAUGACACGUAGGCAAUCCAUUUUGGACCACCCAGUGGGCUCAUUUAAGGGAGUCAAUUCUUUAAGUCGGUUUGCGACUUCGUUGAGAAGAGCCAAUUCGUUUCGUAAUAUAGAACUAAAUGCAGAUAACGAAAGAUCGUUUUUCAAAGAGAGUAACGAUGAAACCUACGACCCGGAUACUUUGGCACCAGCUUUUGACGGUAGAAGAUUAUCGGUAACUCUGAAUAAUGCUGGUCGUCCGCGAGUUAGUAAUUCGGCGAAUAACGAUAGAGUUAGUACAGCUAGUAUGGCUGUUCAUGAUGAUGAUUAUGGAUCGAUUCAAAAUUCAACAAUUGGGGAUUCUGCGUCAAUAUUACGCCCUACGGCCUCUUUAACAGAAAUGAUGAGUGGUGGAGCGGGGCGUAGGUAUACAAAUAAUGACAUGGAAUCAAUUGUAGUGAAAAGAGUGGAGGGUAUAGAUGGUAAGGUGGUAACUCUUCUUGCCGGUCAAUCGACCGCCCCACAGACUAUAUUCAACUCGAUCAAUGUACUGAUUGGUAUUGGGCUUCUGGCGUUACCUCUUGGUUUAAAGUACGCCGGCUGGGUUUUAGGCCUUACUAUGCUUGCAAUUUUUGCCUUGGGGACAUUUUGUACCGCUGAACUUUUGUCUAGGUGCUUAGAUACAGAUCCGACUUUGAUAUCGUAUGCAGACUUGGGGUACGCAGCAUUUGGUACAAAAGGCCGCGCAUUAAUCUCUGCUCUUUUCACACUUGACCUACUGGGUAGCGGGGUGUCCUUGGUGAUUCUCUUCGGGGACUCUUUAAACGCUCUAUUUCCUCAACACUCUACCACUUUUUUCAAAAUAGUUUCGUUUUUUGUCAUUACACCCCCAGUCUUUAUACCAUUGAGUGUUCUUUCUAACAUCUCACUUUUGGGUAUUCUUUCAACAACCGGAACUGUGCUAGUCAUUUGCUGCUGUGGACUAUACAAGUCAUCUUCCCCAGGUUCAUUGGUUAAUCCAAUGGAAACGAGCAUAUGGCCAAUAGAUCUAAAGCAUCUCUGUUUAUCUAUAGGUUUAUUGAGUGCUUGCUGGGGGGGGCAUGCGGUUUUUCCUAAUUUAAAGACAGAUAUGCGGCAUCCGGAUAAAUUUAAAGACUGUUUGAAGACAACUUAUAAGAUAACAUCGGUUACCGAUAUAGGUACUGCCGUUAUAGGCUUUUUGAUGUUCGGUAAUCUAGUAAAAGAUGAAAUUACUAAGAAUGUUUUGCUGACGGAGGGAUAUCCAAAAUUCGUAUAUGGUUUGAUUUCAGCGCUUAUGACCAUCAUUCCCAUCGCAAAAACCCCGUUGAAUGCAAGACCUAUCGUCUCUGUAUUGGACGUUUUGAUGAAUGUGCAACACAUAGAUGAAGCGGCCAGCGCCAUAAAAAGAAGAGCGGCGAAAGGCCUUCAAGUAUUCAAUAGAAUCUUUAUUAAUGUUGUUUUCGUUUUGAUAGCUAUCAACUUCCCUGAGUUUGAUAAGAUAAUUGCAUUUUUGGGCGCUGGUUUGUGUUUUACAAUUUGCCUCAUUUUGCCAUGUUGGUUCUAUUUGAGAUUAUGCAAAGCAACUAUCAAACCAUGGGAAAGAGUAGCCUGUCACGUAACCAUAUGUAUUAGUGUUGUGUUGUCUACAUUGGGUGUUGGUGCUGCAAUUAUUUCCUAA